UUUUUAACGGUUUACUUUGUAGUAUUUUUUAAACGUGUAUGUGUAUUUUUAAAUAAUUAUUAUUUUACAAGCAAUGUACCAAUUUAGCUUCUCGUCAACAAAAUAUUUGUUAAUUGGAUGAUUAGUAACACACAACAUUUAUGCAAUCAUAUGACAGCUGUAAUAAUUUCCACUUAAGUUUUAAAUUUGUACUUUGCUAUUUACAUGUAUUGUAUUAAUGUGGCAUUUGUGUUUUACGAGCACUAUUGAAAGCGCCACAGGUCCACUGUCCAAUCACAUUUCGCUAUAUGUUUUAAAUGAAGGAACUCAAACCGAGAGCGCCUUUCCUUACAUCUAUCCUGCUACUUUCCACAUCUCCUACAUAAUCUGACACCUUUAAGAGAACAUAUUUUUCAUAUGCACCAUGGAUCAGUUUGUAAAUAAAACGAUCGAUGAAAAUGGCUUUAUCUUCAAAAGGUCCCUGGAUAAAAUCAUAGAUAAGUAUUCAAAACUUCAGCACGAGGGCGGGGGGAUAGAAGUGGACCUAAACAAUACACACCUUGAUGCACUUGAACACUACAUGAACCUGUCUGUAAAAGAACUGAGCUCACUACAGUCAACGGUUUGUGUUGCUACCAUCACAUCUUCUAGGAGCUUAUCAUAUUUGAGUGAGGAGUCAUUAAGCGCACAGGACAUUUCAGGAGACUCUCAGUUGGACAUCACUUAUAAAGAUGGAAGAGGAGAUGAGACUUGUGGCUCCACCAACCAGUUUGCAGAGGAUGCUAACAAGGCAUAUUUGAGUUUAUUUGAUACAAGUUUGAGAAGCUUUUCUGAAGGUGAAUGCCAGCCAGAAGACCAAGAUGAGGUCUUGCAAAUGUCACUGAGCAGUAAUGGCAGCUCCUUGGUGGAGCUUUACCCCAGCAUGGUCAGUCGACUAGAAAGAGCCUGGCAUCAGCAGCAUGUUUCUGUGGCCGCUGACUCUGUGCUGAGGAGGUAUCGCAGAUGGCGACAGCAGUCAAAACGAAGGGAUCUCAACAACACCUUUGAUGUCACACUGAAGCACACUGAUGGGAACCCAAAAAGGCUGACUAGCAAGGAGAGGACCAACAGUCGAAUAAAAAGGAAGCUUGUGAUGACUGAAACAACCCCUCAUUCUGCAUUGCAGACAGUGACCUCCCUGCAUGAUGGGCAGCAGUCUCAUAUGGAGAAAGACUUGUUGAGAAGAGAGCUGUCCCCUGAAAUCCGUGUGAUUGACUUCUCUAAUGAACCCAUGUACCAAACGACCCAUGAACCAAAAGAGAGCUUGCUGAAUGAGACAUUCACUGUGUGUGAGCUGUCCCCAUCUAAUUCUUCCCAGCAGGGAGAACAUGUCUCAAUUUGCACUGCUGAGGCAUCAGUGGGUCCAUUCUUUAGGCUUAAAAGAUUUCCUGAUUCUUCCCACUCCUCACAGCGUGCUACCUACUCCACAUAUGACACAGAAACUGCUGCUGUUAAAGAGAGAGCUGACAUAUAUAACUCCCCAGUCAGGCAGAGUCCUUCCAAAUUGAGACUAAUGGCGAGCAUAAGUAGAUCGCCUCAUUUGUUUUCCAGAAGCCCCCAAAAGGACCACUGUUCCCAAGAGCCAAUGAGGCCUAGAGUGUUGUCCUCGUCUCUGUCCUCCUAUCCAGAGAAGCCUGUAGUGCAGCUGAAGCUGCUUCAGGUUCAAGACUCCAUUCAGCCCUCACAGCCACAACUCCAUUCUCCUCACUCAGCCAGGGCAGCAGACGGUCAGCAGAGGCGUAGGCGGAACCUCUCCUUUGACUCCUUCCUGUCAUCAAACCCUGCCUCUUACUCGCCAAAGAAAGUUGAUGAGGAUUUCCUAAAACUUUAUCACAAGUUUGCAUGCCAGAACAAGUCGCCUUUCUUUAAUGGCCCACCCUGCCGUCUCUGUGCAAAAAACUCAACUGUGACCAGCAGGAGCCACUCGUCCUCGUCCCUGGCGGCUCUCGCCCUGUCACCCCACCGCUCCGUUCUGAGGAAACGCUACAGGGAGCUGGAAUGGGACAGGCAUUCCCAAUCCAAACGCUUCAGGCAGGAAAACUGCACAUCCUCCCCAGGGUCCAAACGCCACAGGAGAGAGAUGCUGAUGCAGCGUCUUUCUCUUCCUGAACUGACGCUGCCUAACAGAGGCCUCUCUUACAGCCCUGGUAAACAGCAUCAGGAAGCUUGGAUGAGUCGGCACCGGCCUGCAUCUGAUGCUCAUUUUUUUCUGGGCGGUUCACUUGAGAAAAGAGGGGCCAGCGGCUACUUCCCCAGAUGAAUAAGAUGAUUUCCCAAGAAAGAUAUUUACCUUGUCCUGCAGUGCCUUCAUAAUCGCCCACUUUUCUUUUCCAUUAGACGUCGGUGAUGAACAGAAACCAACUGGGAUAAGCCCACAUGCAGAAAUGUUUAGUUUAUAAUGAAAGUUUUCUUUUGCAUUAGCAUGUAACAGCUAAGUUGUCAAUGUCUGAAGACAUGUAAACAUAUUUGUCAGUAAUUAUUUUUCCUGUGGUUGUCUUUGUCACAUUUGUUUAUACUGAAAAUGUAUUUGUGCUGUGAUAUAUUUACUAAAUAAUACAAUUUCCUGUUCAUCUUUAAUGUUAAUUACUUUUUCAUUGUUAAAUGUAUCAGAUAGAUGUCAUUGUAAUGUUUGUUUCAAGUUUCUUUAAUUCAUGAAAAGUUGAAAAAAGAAUCAAAAUACAAAAAAGUGAUUCAUUUUAAGUAAAUAAAGUACAGGUCAUUU